AGCUGAGGUCAUAACUCAGGGUCAUAAUUCACUCCUGGGUACAGCUGAGUCAACAAGCUUAGGAACAGGAGGGCAGAUAUCUCAAGGGCAGGAUGGAAGAAUCAUCAUUAAGCCGGGCGCCAUCCCGGGGUGGAGUCAACUUUCUGAAUGUAGCCCGGACCUACAUCCCCAACACCAAGGUGGAAUGUCACUACACCCUUCCCCCAGGCACCAUGCCCAGUGCCAGUGACUGGAUUGGCAUCUUCAAGGUGGAGGCCGCCUGUGUUCGGGAUUACCACACUUUUGUGUGGUCUUCAGUGCCUGAAAGUACAACUGAUGGUUCCCCCAUCCACACCAGUGUCCAGUUCCAAGCCAGCUACCUGCCCAAACCAGGAGCCCAGCUCUACCAGUUCCGAUAUGUGAAUCGCCAGGGCCGCGUGUGUGGACAGAGCCCCCCUUUUCAGUUCCGAGAGCCAAGGCCCAUGGAUGAACUGGUGACCCUGGAGGAAGCAGAUGGCGGCUCUGACAUCCUCCUGGUUGUGCCCAAGGCAACUGUCCUGCAGAACCAGCUGGAUGAGAGCCAGCAAGAACGAAAUGACCUGAUGCAGCUGAAGCUACAGCUGGAGGGGCAGGUGACAGAGCUGAGAAGCCGAGUACAGGAGCUCGAGAGGACUCUGGCAACCGCCAGGCAGGAGCAUGCAGAGCUGAUGGAGCAGUACAAGGGGAUUUCCCGGGCCCAUGGGGAGCUCACAGAAGAAAGGGACAUACUGAGCCAGCAACAGGGAGACCACGUGGCACGCAUCCUGGAGCUGGAGGAUGACAUCCAGACCAUCAGUGAGAAAGUGCUGACAAAGGAGGUAGAGCUGGACAGGGUUAGAGACACGGUGAAGGCCCUGACUCGGGAACAAGAGAAACUCCUUGGGCAACUGAAGGAAGUGCAAGCAGACAGGGAGCAAAGUGAGGCUGAGCUCCAAAUGGCACAACAGGAGAAUCAUCGCUUAAAUUUGGAGCUGCAGGAGGCCAGGGGCCAGCAAGAGGAGCAGGGUGCUCAGGUCCAGCGACUGAAGGACAAAAUGGCCCAGAUGAAGGACACCCUAAGCCAGGCCCAGCAGCGGGUGGCUGAGCUGGAGCCCCUAAAGGAGCAGCUUCGAGGGUCCCAGGAGCUUGCAGCUUCAAGCCAGCAGAAGGCCACCCUUCUUGGGGAGGAGUUGGCCAGCGCAGCAGCAGCCAGAGACCGCACCAUAGCUGAGCUACACCGCAGCCGCCUGGAAGUGGCUGAAGUCAACGGCAGGCUGGCCGAGCUCAGUUUGCACUUGAAGGAGGAAAAAAGCCAGUGGAGCAAGGAGCGGGCAGGGCUGCUGCAGAGUGUGGAGGCAGAGAAGGACAAGAUCCUGAAGCUGAGUGCAGAGAUACUUCGACUGGAGAAGGCAGUUCAGGAGGAGAGGACCCAGAAUCAAGUGUUCAAGACUGAACUGGCCCGGGAAAAGGAUUCUAGCCUGGUGCAGUUGUCAGAGAGUAAGCGGGAGCUGACGGAGCUGCGGUCAGCCCUGCGUGUGCUCCAGAAGGAAAAGGAACAGUUACAGGAGGAGAAGCAGGAACUGCUAGAGUACAUGAGAAAGCUGGAGGCCCGCCUGGAGAAGGUGGCAGAUGAGAAAUGGAAUGAGGACGCUGCCACAGAGGAUGAGGAGGCCACUGCAGGGCUGAGCUGCCCGGCAGCUCUGACAGACUCCGAGGACGAGUCCCCAGAAGACAUGAGGCUCCCGCCCUAUGGCCUAUGUGAGCGUGGAGAUGCAAGCUCCUCUCCUGCUGGGCCCCGAGAGGCUUCUUCUGUCGUUGUCAUCAGCCAGCCGGCUCCCAUUGCCCCCCACCUCUCAGGGCCAGCUGAAGACAGUAGUUCUGACUCGGAGGCUGAAGAUGAGAAGUCAGUCCUGAUGGCAGCUGUGCAGAGUGGGGGUGAGGAGGCCAACCUGCUGCUUCCGGAACUGGGCAGUGCCUUCUAUGACAUGGCCAGUGGCUUUACAGUGGGUCCACUGUCAGAGGCCAGCACUGGGGACCCUGCCACUCCCCCAUGGAAGGAGUGUCCUAUCUGUAAGGAGCGCUUCCCUGCUGAGAGUGACAAGGAUGCCCUGGAGGACCACAUGGAUGGACACUUCUUUUUCAGCACCCAGGACCCCUUCACCUUUGAGUGAUCUAACCCCUCCCUAAUACCUGCACAGAUACACACACACCCACAGACACACACACACACAUUCUCAUACAGUCAGACACAAACAUGCACUUAGGUCUCGGGCCGGUUUCCCAUCACACUGGGCUCCAUGAUAUUCUGUUCUCUAAGAACCGCUUCUAUGUGCCCUGGUUUCAUCCCAAGCUUUCUCACUUCAUCCUCUCCUACCUGGCUUUUUUGUCUUAGGCAGGAGCCCUUCUCAGAAGGAGUGGCUGAAUUUACCCCCUGAAAGCGGUUCUGGAAGAACCAGGAUGGAGGAGGCCUUCCCCUGUGAGAAUGGAAUCACCCACUCCUAGCCCUGGUUGCUUCUGAUACUCACACAGCCACUGCACACACAAACACACUCACACACACUCCCCUUUCUGAUGCCCCAAAGCCAAUUCCUGGGGCGCCCCACCUCGCUUAUUUGGGGUUUAUGUUUGUUUACCUGAGUUUUCUCUGGGGCCUGCAUAGAGGCAGCAGCAUGGACGUCAUGGCCUCUUCGGUCUCUUUCGGUUCACAGCUUCGUUGGUUUCUCUUUCUGUUCCCCUCCACACCCCACUCCAGCUUUUUCCCAUAGCCCUAGAUACUAAGUUUGGAGGUUUCUUUUGUAUUUUUGAGGAUUCCUGUACUCUGUCUCCUGCCCCUUCCAGCCCUCACUGCCCUGCCCGCACCCUCAGCCACCUCACAUGGAAAGAAAUAAUGUAUUCGUGCCUUCUGUGAGGGAUGGGGGAACAAGUGGUUCCAGGUGUCCUCAUUUCCCCACCUCUCCUCCCUCUCCAGGUACCCCCACAGCAAUAAGAACUUCGCCCCGAUACUCUCCCUUCUCUCUGUAGUUUGGACAAAUAUAUUUAUAUG